AUGUUGUUGCCGUCGGCGCUGCCGUGCGACUCGUCGCACUCGUCGCACUCUCCGCGCCUGACGCGACUUCAAACGGCGCUAUUCGCGUCGCCGCCUUCCAGCCCCCCACCGCAAGUCGCACCGCAGACCGCGAUAGGGAACAUCUUCUCUACCUGCCGUUCCCUCCAGUCACUCAUCGCCAACCCACCCGCGCAUUCUACAGCCCAGGAACCCAUCACGCCACCAAAUUCGACCCGCCAGCAUCUGCCGAGUCCACCGCUAGCGCAUGCACCAUCUCCUCUGAAGCUACGCCUACGAUCGCGUAAGAAGGCAGACGGCGCAACACCCUCGGGCGAGCACGGCCCAGCCAGAAAGCGCAUCGUAAAGCGCACCACGUCAAUCGCGCAACAAGCACCACGCGGCCCCAAUAAGCGCCGCCGCGCCCUCGACGACGAUGCAGGACACGAAGACGACAGCGACAUGGAACACGAGACGGAACAACAGGACGACGGAGACGACAGUCGACCGGAACCAGCCCCGCUCCACACACCAAAACGCUCGCGCAUUGCGCCCGAGGUCAUUCCGCUCGGUCUCGAACGCGCCGACUACCACAGCCUCCACUCCUCCUUUUCAUCCUCCUUCUCCUCUGACAGCGGCGCUCUCGCAGAAGGCGACACCGAGCAGCCGGGUACCGACACUGUCGUAGAAGGAGACGGCGAGGCGUGGAGCACGGAGGAGGAUCGCAUCCUCGUGGAGCUGGUGCUCGAGAAGCUCAAGCUGACCAAGUCGGACUGGCAAGACUGUGCGCGUAGCCUGGGCAAGGACCGCAGUAGUGUCGGGCGACGGUGGAAAAGCCUAAUGAUCAAUGGGGAUGUUGGGUUGAAGCGGACGAGCCAUCGGCGUGGGAGAAUACAUGGAACUUGGAGGUGA